AUGAUUUUCAAAAAUUUAGCCACCUUUAUUGCCGCUGCUUUCGCUCUCAUUGAGUACGUAAACGCCGAUAAUGCCACAACAUCUUCCACUGCCUCCUACGAUCCUCGUACCUACAGCACCUAUGAACCAUCUGCCACUGACAUUGCCCAAUUGGCAUCCAACAGCACUUCCUUGCAAUGGACUACUAAUGUUGAAGGUAAGGCAUUCAAUAGGUUUAUGGUUAUCUGGUUGGAAAACACGGAUUAUGAUAAAGCUGCUGACAACGAUGACUUGAACUGGUUGGCUGAACAAGGUAUCACCUUGACAAACUACUGGGCUUUGACCCAUCCCUCUGAGCCAAACUAUAUGGCCUCUGUUGGUGGUGAUUACUUUUCUUUAAAUGAUGAUAGAUUUAUCUCUUUACCAAAGAAUGUCUCCACCAUUGCUGAUUUGUUGGAUGAAGGUGGUAUUUCCUGGGCUGAGUACCAAGAAGACAUUCCGUUCUCUGGUUUCCAAGGUUUCAACUAUUCAAACCAAGUCACAUUUGCCAAUGAUUACGUUAGAAAACAUAACCCAUUGAUGUUGUAUGAAUCUGUUACUUCAAAUUCCACCAGAUUAUCCUUGAUUAAGAACCAAACUGAAUUCACCAAGGAUUUGGAAGAACAAAAGUUGCCUCAAUACAUGAUUUGGACACCUAACAUGUUAAAUGAUGGUCACGAUACCACCAUUAAGUAUGCUGGUAACUGGACCAGAACUUUCUUGGAACCAUUGUUAGAAAAUGAAUAUUUCAUGAACGACACAUUGAUUUUGCUUACUUUUGACGAAAAUGAAAAUUAUGGUAUGCAAAAUACCGUUUUCAGUGUUUUAUUGGGUGGUGUUAUUCCAGAUGAGUUGAAAGGUACUAAUGAUGACACUUUUUACGACCAUUAUUCUCAAAUUGCUACUGUUGAAGCCAACUGGGAUUUGUACUGUCUAGGAAGGAACGAUGUUGACGCUAAUAUUUUCAGUUUGGUUGCUGAGGCUGCCGGUAUUAGCAACAAGGAAGUUGAUACCACUUACAAGUUGAAUAAUGACACUUAUGUUGGGUAUUUGUUAGACGACCAACUUGACUUGCCAGCACCAAAUGUUUCUGCUGUUAACAUGAAUGGGAAGGGUGUCUUGCCAACAAUUGUUGAUACUUGGAAGUCUACAUUCGAAGAACAAGUUUCUGCUAGUUAUUUCACACCUACCACAACUACUGUUUCUAUCGGUGGUGUUACAAAUGCUGUUACUUUGGCUACUGUUAGCUUCAAGCAAGCCAACUCUUCAGCUUAUAUUAACUCUACUACAGCUACCAAUACUAGAGGAGCUAAUGCUACUGCUUCUAGCAGUCAAUAUGUUUCUGCUACUUCUGGUGCCAAUGAGAGUUCAACUAUUGGCUCAGCAUCCAAAUCAGCCAACGGAGGUAAUGUUAUCAACACUUCUUUAUCUGCACUAUUGCUUGGCUUAGUUAACGCCUUGUUCUUCUGA